AUGCCCAAGUGCACUCUCAGACUGGCUUCAUUAGCGGCCGGGCAAAAAGACUCGUGGUUUGGCAGCCUCUCCAAGUCACCAACGGCGCAGAAGGGCCAGCAGUACUUCGAUAACACCGUGUACGUCACGAAGAAGAUUCUGUGGAGCACCGGCAAGGCUGCAUGGAUCUUGGGAACGACUUUUCUGGUGCUGGGGGUGCCGCUGAUUAUUGAGAUGGACAGGGAGGCGCAGCUGGAGCAGCUUGAGAGCAGCCAGGCAGUGCUAGGGACAGGGCAGGCCCCGGGGGCGCUGCCGACGCCUGCCCCCCGAUGAGGUGUAAAGGUUAUGGUCAUAGGUUAGCUUGAUUGAAAUGCGUUACUUUUUGUUUGCUCUUAAUCAGGAUUCUGGAUGCUAAUCAGGCGUAGAGGCUGGUCGGCCCGUGCGACAUGGAGUUGGCAAGAAUCUGGGUUUUGCCGGCGGCAGCUAGGUCUUUCCGACCAGAAAGCAAUAUUCACUUCGUUGUCAGGUGGGACGAGAAGGAAAGUGAAGGCGAUGAGCAAUUCGGCUUAGCUGCUGAAUACAGCAGGAUUUGCACAUAUGUAGUCAGAUCAAUGGAUACAAGUGUUCUGAGAUAGUCAUCAGUGGUCGAGUCCUGGCUAAGCUUUGGAUAUCCUGACAUGUGAUGUGACAAAACACCACCACUUGAGAGAAUUGUCGCACGCACGAUCUGGGGCUCUUCCAUUAGUGCCAACUUGUGCGUCCCAUUAUUUUUUCGAGGGUGAAACAGCACUUGCUAGAACGCCCAUUGUUACAGAUC